UUAAAGUCAUUCUCUGACACGCCGCACCGCACUACACACCCGCAUAUUUUGACAAUUUAUGUAGGAGCGCAAGCAAUGGGCAUUAGAAUUAAAGUUAAUUUCUAAGUACCGAAUAUAAAUCGCCUCUAUUCGUUAUUUUUUUAAACUUAAAUUUGCAACUCCGAAAAUGGAUAUCGAAGAAUGUAUGAAGGAGUGGCAGGAUUUGCUUACCGAUUACAAACGACUCGAGACUAUAAACAAGGACUAUGCAACAAAGUUAGAGGAAGUAGGGGAGCUACAAGCUGCAUGUGUUAAGGAACUCAAUCAUCAAAGAUAUCGAAUGUCCGUUAUAAAUGGUGCACUCAAAAGAUUGGAAAAGAAAGGUUUGACGAAAGAUGAGCGCGUUGCGAACCUAGAGAAGGAGAUAAUGAAAAGGAAAGCUAUGCUACACGAAAUAGAAGCUACUUUGCCCAAACAGAACAGUCUCUAUUUAAGGAUUAUACUCGGAAAUGUUAAUGUGUCUAUAUUGAAUAAAAAUGACAAAUUCAAAUAUAAAGAUGAAUAUGAGAAGUUCAAAUUAAUACUUAGUGCAAUUGCAUUUGUGUUGGCUGUCGCAAACCUUUAUAUCAAUUUCAGACCACUUCAAUUAAUUUUGAUAUUCCUCUUAGUUUGGUAUUAUUGUACAUUGACGAUAAGGGAGAGUAUUCUCAAGGUGAAUGGGUCAAGGAUUAAGGGUUGGUGGAGAAUGCAUCACUUCAUAUCAACAGUGGUGGCCGGCAUACUGCUCAUCUGGCCACAGAACACACCGUGGAAUGAAUUCAGACACACAUUUAUGUGGUUUAUUGCUUAUAUUAGUGUGGUCCAAUAUAUGCAAUUUAGAUAUCAAAGUGGAGUACUGUACAGGCUAAAAGCGCUCGGCGCGAGGCAUAACAUGGACAUUACGAUAGAGGGCUUCCACUCGUGGAUGUGGCGCGGCCUCUCGUACCUCCUACCUUUCCUCUUCGGAGGGUACAUAUUCCAAUUGUACAUUGCGUACACGUUGUAUCAUAUCAGCUAUCACCCUGAAGCGACUUGGCAGGUGCCAGCGUUAAGCAUAUCCUUCCUGACGAUCGGCAUCGGCAACACGGCCACCACGCUCAUCGUCAUACCGCAGAAACUGAACGAGCAGGUUUCAUAUCUGGCAGUGCUGUUUUUAAUAUUGCACAGUUGCAACAUGUAUACGAUACUUCAGGUAUUGAAAAAGAAAGGCAAAAGCGGUUUGAAACUCCGCUACAGGUUGCGUGCGAUCGCAUAUCGACUUUCCAACGAAAUCGCAGUAUUGGUAUGUUUAGACUGUUUGCACAAACUACAUAGAACAUGGUCAUUGAAACAAUUAGUACCAAAAACAUGAAUUAUAACGCAAGGCAGAAUAAAUAAUUUUUUAUUUAAAGAAAUACACAUUAUACAGAAACAUUCGAUAAGUCAAUCUCGGCGUUUACGAGUCGGCCAAAGCAAGUCAGUGCGGCCAUAACAAGUCAAGUUUGUGAGCAGUUUCUCUUAGUUGUGCUUUAUAACCACAGAGCGAAGUGGUAUAAACAUCUUUUUACUUCCUACAUAUUUACCAGUAUAGCAGUUUUUCAGACUUACAUUACAGCGAUUUGGGUUUUCUAUACUGAAUUUUUUAAUUGUCUAAAAUUACAAACGAAGCUUUUAUAAAUAAAAAAAGAAAUAUUUACUAUAUCUAGUACAUAGUAAUAAUACAAAUUCAGUCAAACUAUCUGAUUAAUUUCAAGUGUUUUGAACAGUAAGCUAUAAAAAUCGUUUACAAAGUUUUCUCAUUCAUAUCGUGUUGCAGUCGUCUGCUGUAAAAAGGUUUUAUUUAAAUUUAUAUUUUUAAUUUACUUUGCUUUUCAUUUUCUUUGUUAGCGAAGGGUAAGAGUUUUCCAAUAUUAUGAUAUUUAUUUUUAAAAUCAACUAACUAUUUAUAAAUUUGUGAUUAGUACUGGUUAUUUUUGGGCAAGCGAUAGUAUAUUGGUAGUAAGCGUUAGAAAUGCACUUCGAAUUGAAAACACCAUGACUUUUCACGAUUUUAUUUAGACGUCCUAAAAAAUUAACUUUAAAAAUAUAACACGUUUGAAGACAACCACGAGUGAUAAGCAAUGUUGAUUAACUCAAUACCAUCACGUAGUAACAUCAAUAACUCACUAUUUUUAUAAAACAAUUUUAUUUUAUUCUGUAAUAUGUCCAUGUAUUCUAUAUCAUUCUUUGUACAUUAGUGUACUAAUUGUGAACUAACAAAUGCACAAUCAUCUCAUACCUUUACAUUUAUCACAAAAAACUUAGCCAAUUUUGAUGAUUUCAGGAACAAAAAUGGAGACAAAAUAAGGUGGAAGCGAAAUCAGAAUAAAGUAUUUUGACAUGUGACAAUGUUAUGUGGACUAAUAAAAAACAUUUAUAUUUUCAUAUUCACGGUCUUUGAGGUUUACAUUACAUAUUAUGUCUAUGUAAAUAGUUAAAUUAUAACGUCUUAUUUUAUGUCUGUGUUAUAAAAAGAAAUAAAGCCUAUAACAUUACUGUA